AUGAGUAUUAUGUAACUCUUUAUUUAUAUAAUAGAUUUGAAGAUUUCAUAUAGUGGUCAUAGACUCAUAGGACUAUAGGAGUGAUUGAAAUUAUUUUGUGUAGAUGUAUAGAAGUUUUGCGGUGUUUCAAUUUAGAAUUAAUAUGGGAAUGCAUUUAUUCACUUGUGUGGGAGUCCGGCUGUUAGUUUCUCCAUGUAGGAUGUUGUUGCACUUAUGUUUUUCCAAGUGAGUGUAAUUUUGAAGCUAUUUCGAUUCUGUUUCCUCGAUUAUAAAUUUAGGAGGAUAUCUGCAUAUCUUUAAAAAUUAGGUAGGGGCUGUGUGGCCUGCUUUUAAUCUUUAUUACGAAUUAGGGUAUGUCUUUGGUAAAUGAUUGUUAAAGAAUUGGUUGCUUGGACUCUACUGUUGAUUUUCUGAUUUAAUCAGUACUGGAGCAAGGCAAUAGAAUUCUAAGGUUUUUGAUAAGUGUACAUGAUUUUUUUUAUUCCACUGCUCUUGUAAGUAAAGUUUCUAUCUGGUAAGGAUGUGUUUGUGGAUCUGCACUCAGAAGCAUGUAUACCUGUUGUGGUGAUGACAGAUAGUAGGAAAUAUAUAUUUAGUGAAUCGAGAAAUAUGAUAUUAUGUGUUAGAAUGUACGACUAGAACUAUGGGAGUGAGUGGGACGCUAGGGAAGUAGUGAUACAGUUGGUCUCCUACGUAGAAUGGAAGACUUUAGAUUUUAUUCAAAAUAUCCAAUUUUGUUUUGCCAUACUUCUUGUCUGCUUGCACUUUGUAAUCAUGCUCAUACUAUAAGUGAAGGUCUUUAGAUUUUCCACCAUAUAUAUGGAUUAAAGAAGGAGCAUUGUAGAUAAUUAACGGAAUUAUGCUUGAUUAAUACUCAGUAGAGCUGCUUGGUAGUUCAGGUUGACUAGUCAGGGGCCAGCUGGUGAUAACUCAGAAGCCUUUGUACUUUACAACCUCAUUCUCAGGUCUGUGGUGUUUUACUGAGUGCAUGUGGAGUCUGGUAACACCGCGGUGAGAGCUGAGAUUUAAUAGAAACUACUUAAAUCCAGACCUUACAGAAGUCUGCUUUAUUUUAAGCUUCAUGCCUUAAAAAGAAUAAUACUACACUAAAAAAGGAAUUUCCAUCCUUCUUUGUAAUGAUUCUCCUUUUCUUUGCUUUGCCUUCUUUGUUCUCUUCAAACCUAGUUAUAUGACUCUGUCUCAAACUCUCAACCACCUUUCUUGAUUUUUCUCUCCAGAAUUGAAGACACCAAUCAAAGUAUCUAAAGAGAGUGAGAGAUAAGAGGUUUGUAAGUCAGGGAAGAUUUUUGAAACCUUAAAAGAUGGGUUCUUCAGAGGAUAAACAUCCGGAGUUCUUCCGAACUUUUCAUCCAGAUCAUAAUACUCAGAACCUGGUAUGGUCUCCCCUCCCAUUUUUUACCUACAUAGAGUUAACUAUGAAGUGAAAUUUUGGCUGGCCUGUUAUUUGAUUAUAUGACUUUUCUGCCUUUUAAAGUUACCCAUGAAUAUUUUUGAGAAUUUUUUUUUUUUUUUUUUUUUUUUUUUAUGUAAUUUGAGUGCUCACAGAGAAUUCCAGAUGCAUUUCUGGAACAUUUAAGCAAGAAAAUCCCUGAGAAAGUUGUCCUCUGAGAUUGUUAUGAUGACUGUUGGCAUGUUUUUUCAAGGUGGGUGGUCUAUGCUUGUCUCGAGUUAUCCACUACUAGGAGGAGAAUUUAUGGUGUUCAAGUAUGAUGGACACUCUGCAUUUGACAUAAAAAUUCUAAACUCUCACAAGUCCAAGAAGCAAAAAGUUGUUUCUUCUGUUAUUCAAGAAGAAACAAAGCUUCCAACAGGAGAGGAAGAUGAAGAGGAAGUAGUCAUGGACCAACCUAUGAAUUCGGCAAUAGGGGGGGUAUUUGGCAGGGGAAGUAACCGUUCAGUCACUGGAUCCCAUGUCAUGAACCUUGAAAAACGAAUAACAGACUUAUUCCCAUCAGACAACCCAUUUUUCGUUACAAAAUUCAAAAAUAUCAACGGGAGAAAGGAUGUGACUAUACCACACACUAUUCGAAAGGGCUAUGGUCUAAAAUUUGGCAACAGAAUAAAGAUUCAAGAUCCAAAAGGGAACCUUCAUGAUGGAAAGAUAGCCAUAUGGAAAGAUGGGCGGCACGCAAUCACUAAUUUCUGGAAGCAGCUCUGCAUGUUCAACAAUGUUAUGAAGGACGACAUUGUCAUCUGUGAGUUGAUACCCUCCACCACAAAUACUUGUCGACGGAUCAAAGUUCAAAUUAUCCAUCCUAACACCGAUUAAGACCUGUAUGCAACCAAGUAACGCCUUAUCGGAUGUGGUGCUAUCAUCUUGAUGUUGUUUGGUGCAGUUACAACUUGUUGUACAUCAAGGUUUUUCUAUAACAUUAUGUUGCGUAAUACUUCAGUAUUUUACAUGAUCUGUUGAGUAUAUUACCCAAGGUAGUAAAAUAAAUAGUCUAGUGAACAUUUGCUGUCCUCAUUCUUAGCUGGAGCUGUUUCUAAUUUAGGAAUAGAACUUAAUGGUGCAAUUAUUAUCUAUAGUUCUUUUUUUGUACAAUUAUCUUAAUAUGCAUGAGGUCAUGAAGAUGUGACUUAUGAAAUUUGGGGAGUUGAGGAAUUGGUGUGAGUAAUAAAUAAAUUUAGAUAAUCAUAUGAAAAACUCCACAAUCUUAUUCUGCAGAGUAAUUAUAAAAAAUAAAUAAAAAAUAAAAAAAAACAACUUUUUCUGUCAGAAAUUUUUUUAAGGAAAUUUUGAGU